AUGACUGGGCCGGACAAUCAGGCAACAUCUGUAGCAACGCACCUCGCAGAUCUCGUCGAUGGAUUGACUGAUCCAGAAACUCACGCUACCCUUCUCAAAACUUGGGGUACCGUGAAAGCUAGGGUUCUGGAUGAAGAGUUGAUGGCAAACCCGCUCUUCGCUGCCAGGGCUCGGGAAAUGGAAAUGAAGGCGCGUCAGGCACUGAACGACUUCAGCGGCGCGUCCGCCGACGACCAGCAGCUGGACAAAAUGUCUUCUCUCAGCUUGAUGACGAAGCCAGACGAGUCUGAGGAUACGGAGGGAACGAUGGAUGAAGGCAUGACCUUAAGGAGCCGUACCCCAGUACUCGUUGAACCGUACCCAAGCCCGCGCAAAGGCGGUCCGGAGAAGAAAGCCACCUCCAGACGGUGUCGGACCAUGGGGGACGAACCACUUGGCGCAAUAAAGGGAUUGGGCGGGAAACGCCUUACCGACGAAGAGUGGGACUUCAUCCACCAGUUGCAUGUUCAGGGAAAGAAAGAGAAUUCCGGUCGCCGUGUUAACAAAGGCUUUUGGGAAGAUGUCCACCAGAAGCUUUCUCUGGAAAAGAGGGGGAUUACUAAGAGAGACUGUUGCAAUUUCUAUUUUGACAGGUUUCCAGGAAGGGCCACGAAAUCCAAGGUCAUUCAAAAGGUUUCCGACAUCGUCGAUGGUAUACACCAUCUUCAUAACUACGCAAAGCUGCAAAAGGCAUGGAAUACGCUGCAGAAUCUACUCGAAGAUCAGGAGUUGAUGGGAGAUCCGAAAUUUGCUGCUAGGGCUCGGGAAAUGGAUAGAAGGGCUCGUCGGGGAUUGGACAACCUCAACCGGGCCAUGGAUGAAGACGAAGAACCUGCUAGAGAGUCUUCAUAUGACGUGACGGCGAUAACAGAGGAAGAGGACGUUAAAAGAAUAGAUGAGGAUCUGACAGCGACCCCCGGCACCGGUGCCAUCAGCGGUGAGGUUGUACUCGUGAAUCCUGCAUGGCAUCGCUAUGAACAGAGCGAACCGACAUUCAAACAACCUUGGAGGACGAGGAAGCAACAUAACGCACCAAACCCUUGGCGUAAAAGAUGGGCCUAUGGCAUGCCAUCCUCACACCGUGACAAUGGAUGGAGUACCAGAGCCGUAUCAUCUGAUUGGAUUGCGUUAUCCCAGGACAAUGGAUGGGGCUCGUCCUUCCCCCAUGAAGAUUCAUGUGCGGAAUGA